CUCCUCCUCUUCAUACCCUUCACGAAUUCACGACCUACAUCUUCCUACCUUUUUUUAAUAUAGGUCUUGUUUCUCUUAUUGCAUCUUUUACAUUUCUUUCAUCAUGGCCCCCGCUGUCGGUAUUGACUUGGGAACCACCUACUCGUGCGUGGGUAUCUUCCGGGAUGACCGCAUUGAGAUUAUCGCCAACGACCAGGGCAACCGCACUACGCCCUCGUUCGUUGCCUUCACCGACACCGAGCGGUUGAUCGGUGAUGCUGCCAAGAACCAGGUCGCCAUGAACCCUCACAACACUGUCUUCGACGCCAAGCGUCUCAUUGGCCGCAAGUUCGCCGAUGCUGAGGUCCAGGCCGAUAUGAAGCACUUCCCCUUCAAGAUUAUUGAGAAGAACGGCAAGCCUCACAUCGAGGUUGAGUUCAAGGGUGAGACCAAGGUCUUCACUCCUGAGGAAAUCUCCGCCAUGGUCCUCGUCAAGAUGCGGGAGACUGCUGAGUCUUACCUCGGUGGCACCGUCAACAACGCUGUCGUCACUGUCCCUGCCUACUUCAACGACUCUCAGCGUCAGGCUACCAAGGAUGCCGGUCUCAUUGCUGGCUUGAACGUCCUCCGUAUCAUCAACGAGCCCACCGCGGCCGCCAUUGCCUAUGGUCUCGACAAGAAGCAGGAGGGUGAGCGCAACGUCCUCAUCUUCGACUUGGGUGGUGGUACCUUUGAUGUUUCCCUCCUGACCAUUGAGGAGGGUAUCUUCGAGGUCAAGUCCACCGCUGGUGACACCCACCUUGGUGGUGAGGACUUUGACAACCGCCUCGUCAACCACUUCGUCAACGAGUUCAAGCGCAAGCACAAGAAGGACCUUUCCUCCAACGCUCGUGCUCUUCGCCGUCUCCGCACUGCUUGCGAGCGUGCUAAGCGCACUCUCUCGUCUGCUGCCCAGACCUCCAUUGAGAUCGACUCUCUCUUCGAGGGUAUCGACUUCUACACCUCCAUUACCCGUGCUCGUUUCGAGGAGCUCUGCCAGGACCUCUUCCGCUCCACCAUGGAGCCCGUUGAGCGUGUCCUCCGUGACGGCAAGGUCGACAAGUCCUCCGUCCACGAGAUUGUCCUCGUCGGUGGUUCUACCCGUAUCCCCAAGAUCCAGAGACUCGUUUCCGACUUCUUCAACGGCAAGGAGCCCAACAAGUCCAUCAACCCCGAUGAGGCUGUCGCCUACGGUGCUGCCGUCCAGGCCGCCAUUCUCUCUGGUGACCAGAGCUCCAAGUCCACCAACGAGAUCCUUCUGCUCGAUGUUGCCCCGCUCUCUGUCGGUAUCGAGACCGCCGGUGGUGUCAUGACUGCCUUGAUCAAGCGCAACACCACCAUCCCCACCAAGAAGUCUGAGGUCUUCUCCACCUUCUCCGACAAUCAGCCUGGUGUGCUUAUCCAGGUUUAUGAGGGUGAGCGUGCUCGCACCAAGGACAACAACUUGCUCGGCAAGUUCGAGCUUACCGGCAUUCCCCCGGCUCCCCGCGGUGUUCCCCAGAUUGAGGUCACCUUUGACGUUGAUGCCAACGGUAUCAUGAACGUCUCUGCUCUCGAGAAGGGCACUGGCAAGACCAACAAGAUUGUCAUCACCAACGACAAGGGCCGUCUCUCCAAGGAGGACAUUGAGCGUAUGCUUGCUGAGGCCGAGAAGUACAAGGCUGAGGAUGAGGCUGAGGCUGCUCGUAUUGGCGCCAAGAACGGUCUCGAGUCCUAUGCCUACUCGCUCCGCAACACCGUCUCCGACCCCAAGGUUGACGAGAAGCUCGAUGCCGCUGACAAGGAGAAGCUCAAGGCUGAGGUUGACAAGACCGUUGAGUGGCUCGACAGCAACACCACCGCCACCAAGGACGAGUACGAGGACAAGCAGAAGGAGCUUGAGUCCGUCGCCUCUCCCAUCAUGAUGAAGCUGUACGGUGGCGGUGCUGAGGGUGGCGCCCCUGGUGGCUUCCCUGGCGCUGGUGCUGGUGCUGGUGGCCCCGCCCCUGGUGCCGGUGGUGACGACGGCCCCACCGUUGAGGAGGUUGACUAAACGAAUCGCUUCUUUUGAUGCCGUUUUCGUUUUGAGAUUUUUUAAAAACCUUUCUCUCUUCUGAUAUGACUUUGGCGUCGUGCAUGAAUAAUGGGUCUAAAGUUUGUCGAUUUUUUUC